UAGGUCCUGUCUCAUCCUGUGGUGUACCAUUGGCCAUUGCCAUUCUCUCUGGUCUUUUAUCACCAUUUUUUUUGCCGCACGCCGCUGCUCAAGGGCCCGCGUAGACGGACGGUCCCAUUUGUCUGUUGGAUGGGUGUAUGCUGCGUGCGUCUGCCCCUCCCUCGCUGCCGGCGUACUGUGGCUGAUGCACGGACCACACCGACGUGCGAGCGCCGCGGCAUGGUCGCGCGCGAUAGGGCCCCUGAGGACGAGGCGUGCGCGUCCACGAUCCUGGUGACGGCUGGAGGGAAGCCCCGGGAGCUGCCGUUCGCGCUGCUGGCGGAGCGGUGGAUGGUGGUGGCCUUGGUGGGGGCCACCGCGGCGCGGGAUGGGGAUGAACGCGGUGGCGGCGGCGAGCGAGCGGGAGAACACACUGCUCUCCUUUGGCCGCGCUGCCGACCACGCGGCCGUCGCCAUGGUCGAGUUCGACGUCCAGCUUGGACUCUCGUCGGCUCGUCUCGCUUCCUUCGACUGUACUCUGCUGCGAUCUAUUGUGGUGACCCUUGUUUGCUCGAUGGGCGACGCUGGUUCAGUUUGUUUCGACUUGCCGUUGUCGCCUGCGUCGACGCGUGUGUCUUUCUGUCCUUCGCGUUCAGGUUGUACGAUCUCGCCCGUUGCUGCGUUCACGUUCUGCUCGUUGCUUCGUCUCUGUUUUACUCAUCAAGGUUUGCUGAUCUCCCCUCUGUCUACCUUCCUAUUCUGCUUUCUUUAUGUACUAUCAUGUUGGCUAUCCUACUGGUUGUUUCUGUAUGUACUAUCAUGUUAUCUUAGCCUACUAAUCGUUUGAAUAUAUUUAGCUAUCUUUCUAACAAUAGCCCAUCAAGCUAGCAAUAUUUCAUAAGCAACACUUAUUAUACUAGAGAUUGACGAGUAUGAUAUAAAUAGUUUAAUUAAAUAGCUGCCGUGAUAUGGAAAAUUCAUGUAUUUUCUGUUGCUGUUCAAGAGUAUGCCUGUUAAGAGAUUCAGUUGCCAUGGUUCCCUGGGCAAGAUUCAGUUUUACAUGGAUUAUUCUAGAUAAAUUCAAGUUAUUUGCGUUGGGACACCUAAGCUAACAUUUACACCUUUCUAUUUAGGAGAUGGCAGCAGUAUAUACAAAGUAUAUCACUGAUUAUUUGUAGAGUUCAUUCUGGAUAGGAACAGAACUGUUAUAGCUGAUGUCAACACGUCAAGGAUAUUCAAGUUGUGUGUGGCGCCCGGGAGAAAGCUUUGCUAAUCCAUUCAACCACUUACAUGAGAAUCCAGUGCCGCAGGUGACUCAUUCAUGCAAGAACUGUUGUUAAGUUUUUCCUUUUCUCCUUUGAUUCUACAAGCCGCAAAGGAGUGAAGGGUAGAAAAUAUUUCCAUUCUCGUUGAAUUGGUGGGAUUGUCACCAAGUAAGUGCUCUAGAUGUUUCUAUUUUAGAGCAAGAAGCCAAAUCCGCUUGUUCAUUGUAAAUCUUGGAAAACUUGUUGUUUAUUGUCACUUCCAUAUCUGUUAGCCCAUCCA